AAGCAAAAUCUGAAAAUAAUUUCAAGAUGAAAGGAAAGAAAAAGGAUACAGACAAAAAGAGAACCAUAUGGGAAUUGGGUGAGAAGGUCAAGAAAAAGAAAGAUUAUAUGAGAGCAAUUAAAAUCAAAAUUACUGUGGAAGAGGAUUUCUUUUCCAGUUUUCUUAAACUGCCAGGUUGCGUACCAAUUGACAUUUGA